GGCAUUUUCGUCAUUCAGUAUUAAGAACCCUAGGACCUUCCGGACUAUAAAUACACAGCGCAACUGAAGUCAUCUUGGUUCUUCUUAGCAGGGCGGAAGCUUAUUUGGCCGGUAGCGAUUACAUCGAAAUGGCGAGAAUUAAAGUUCAUGAGCUCCGGACCAAGUCGAAGACAGAUCUUCUGAACCAGCUGAAGGAGCUCAAGGCUGAGCUUGCCCUGCUUCGGGUGGCUAAGGUCACUGGAGGUGCACCUAACAAGCUUUCUAAGAUAAAGGUUGUUAGGCUUUCUAUUGCUCGUGUGCUUACUAUCAUCUCUCAGAAACAGAAGGCUGCUUUGAGAGAAGCAUACAAGAACAAGAAAUUUCUUCCGUUGGAUCUUCGACCAAAGAAGACCCGUGCAAUUAGGCGUCGCCUUACAAAGCAUCAGGAUUCACUGAAGACAGAGAGCCAGAAGAAGAAAGAGAUGUAUUUCCCAAUGAGGAAAUAUGCUAUCAAGGUCUGAGAUAGCUGCUCCGUGGGUGGUAGUCAGUUUUCGAGUUCUUUGUUUCCUCAUACAGGUUUAUGGACCUGGAGAGACAAUGACCGGCAUAUGCAAACAAGCAAUCGACUACAUCAUUGCAGCAGCAUAAAUGAUAAAUUCCAAAUAUAAUGUUCUUGGAACUUCCAUUAUUUUGCUGUUGGUUUUCAAUUUCCGCUGAGUAGUAAACUAUCUGCUGUUAGCAUUGUCUACUAUAUUAGAAAGCUCAGGAAAUUAUGUUGUAUGUUUUCUGCUUUUGGUAGAACAAGUUAUGUUGUACAACUGUUCUUUAUUGUAAUGCAUCCUCUGUUCUCCAAA